ACGUAGGGAAUUAAUAGAAUCAUUUAAUCAUGGGGCACAAUUUGGAGACACGGUCGUUGUUGGACGAGUUGAAAAGCUUUGAUAGGAAAGGUGGUUUGUUUGAUUUAGGACAUCCUCUCCUUAAUCGUAUGGCCGAAAGUUUUGUUAAAGCCGCCGGUAUUGGAGCAGUUCAGGCAGUUUCCCGAGAGGCCUAUUUCACCGCUAUUGAAGGUGGAGACUCGAGUUCUAUUCCUCCAGAAAUCCCAACUAGCCAAAGGAGACAUCGCUUCUCUGAACUUCGAGGAGAAACGAACAGAAACUCUGUUGAAGCAUUGGUCAAAAGCAUAGGGAAAGAAUCUCUACAAUGGGGUUUGGCUGCUGGAAUGUAUUCAGGGCUUACUUAUGGGUUAAGAGAGGCGCGUGGAGUUCAUGAUUGGAAAAGCAGUGCUAUGGCAGGAGCAAUAACUGGUGCGGCCUUAGCACUGACAUUUGACGAUUCUUCUCAUGAAGAAAUAGUGCAAGGUGCCAUCACAGGUGCGGCUAUAUCAACUGCUGCUAACCUUCUCACGGGGAUAUUUUAGGGUUCUUCAUGUAAGCGUCUUUUGUCUUGUUUCAUAUGGAGCUCCAUACUGUGUAGUCAUAUUUUGUGCAAAAUGAAAUGUACUGUAUAACA